UAGCGUACCGGACGGGUGGACCAAACGUUGGACUUUCCCAUAGAAGUUGUUACAAACGCACCGCGCAGCUGCAACAAUCUCAAACGCACGUCGCCAGUCUGCGCUGACUGAUCGUCGUCACCACACCGUACCCGUGCUCGAACGAUCAUACUGCGAGGUGCCGGACAUUCCUUCGGUACGAAACGGUACAAGGAAAAACCCCAAAUUAAUCCGAGUGAACCGUUGCGUACGGAGCAGCUUUUGGAAGCCGCGUGACUACGGUAACGCAGUGCGUUUGUGUCUGUUCAAUCAUUGUGAAGUGGCAGUGAAGAUUAUGCCCAAAAUGCCGUACGGGGCAAUAGCCUCGGCGAAGAUACCGUUGGGGUUAUGGUUUGUGCUAGUGGUGCUGGUUGGUGGCGCACUGUCGAGUGCCGGUAAUGCAAAGAACUAUAACGUUCCCUCGCAGGCCGUCAGUGAACAGUUGGUUGCCGCAAUUAACGAUCUGGCACGGAACCUCGGACAGCAGUUCGCUGUGUCCGGUGGUAACAGCAGCAAGACGGAACUGUUCUCCCCGAUCAGUAUCGGCAGCAUGAUGUUCUUGCUGUUGCGUACGGCGAAUAAAGAUACACGGUACGAGCUGCUCGGCAUACUGCAGCUUGAACAGCUCCGUAAGUGUGGCCGAGGGAAUAUUCCAAAAAAUUUCGCCCGCUUGCUGAAGGAGUUUACGCACGAUAUCGCGGGAAAGGGAAUACUGGAGCAGCUACCGGGCUGGCACACGUCUAGCGGCUGUUACCCAAAGAUGGAGGGUAUUGAUUAUGACGAUGACGUCGAUGAAGAUGAGUACCUUGAGGAACCGAUUCAGCCCAACGUAGUACAGCUUGCCAAUGGGCUAUUUGUUCAGAAGGGCUUGUUGAAUGUUUCGUACUUUGUCCGACUGGCCAAAGAGCUCUAUCAGUCCCAGAUCGAGCAAGUCAACUUCAAGGAACAACCGCAGGCAGCCCGUGCCACCAUCAAUCACUGGGUGAACGAAAGUACGCGCGGGCGCAUCGAGGAGAUUCUUUCGGACGAUCUGGACACCAGCACGCAAAUGGUUAUCGCCAAUGCGCUCUACUUCAAGGCCACCUGGGAAACGUUCUUUAACGAGCCUCAGUUCACUCGUCCACAGCCCUUCUUUCCCGAUGGUGAAGAUCAGCCAUCCAUACUGGUGCCCACGAUGUUUGCCAGCGGUUGCUUUCCGUACUACGCCUCACCCGAGCUGAACGCACGCAUUAUGGCCUUCCCGUACCGCAACCGUACCACGUCAAUGUACAUCAUCCUACCGAACGGAUCGAACCGUGCCAAGGUUCGCCAGCUCCAGGCAAAGCUCAGUUCGGCCGAGCUCGAUCAACUGAUCGGACGCAUGCGUUCGCAGAAAGCGAUCGUACAGUUUCCGCGAAUGCAUGUCACUAACACGUACGAUCUGAAACGUUCCCUGCAGCAACUCGGUCUCAGAUCACUGUUUGAUAGGACGAAAAAUAGCUUUCAAUUUGCUAGCAUCAACCGAAGCCGGCCAAAUAAGUUGUACGUAAGCGAGAUGGUGCACAAGAUCGAUCUGGACGUUAACGAGCAUGGCACGGAAGGUGGUGCCGUAACGAUCACCGCCAUGGAACGAUCCCUACCACCGGUGAAUUUUCGCGUGAGAGGACCUUUUAUACUUGCCAUACGUCACGAUCCGACAAAGAUGCUACUGUUCUAUGGAUCUGUGUUUGAUCCUUCGUAAAGAAGUAUGCUACUGUCCCACCGCUACUUAACCCAAAUGCAUUCUUGCCUUAGUUAGUACAUCCGUUCUUGGGAUCGUCAUAUUCUCUGAGAGAACAAGCAUCCAUGCUUUCUCAAACAGCUGUCUAUAGUAUGAUAAGUAAGGCAAUAUAGUAAAUAUAAAUGCUUAAUA